AAGCGAUGCCCAUGUUAACUGAAGGUCUGUGUGAAGAUGAUCGUGUGAACUGGAGAAGUGUGUGAGGUUUGUCAGUGAGAGGGAUGGCGAGAGGCGGAACAAACCGGUGUGUGUGCCCGGAUACACGCUGAAACGGCUCGCCCGCACUGCAGAUUAACUCUACAGACGCCGGGGAUGCUCAACAAUAAAGCACAAGUCACUGUAUCCGCGUCCGUUGUUGUUUUUUUGGAGAUCUGGUGGUCGUUGUGAAGAGAAAGAGAUCUGUCCUGACUCCUGGUGUUGUUGAUUUGAGCAUGGGAUUCAGGCUCUGCGUGCUCCUCAAUAUAAUCGAGUAAUCUGACAGUGAUGAUGCCGGAUAGCCUGAUGAUCCGGUGAUGGACAGCUCCUCGACUGAGCGUUUUUGCAGAAUGGAAUAGAUAGGAUGACAAAUUCAUCCCAGCUGUCAAUAUAAGCGACAACAACAAAUCAUCUGAUCUCUUCAAUCUACCUCUGACAAGAUCAGCCAUCAAUAACCCAUCAACUCAGGCUGAUCACAAAGCUUCCUUUGUGACUCUUAGAAGAUCCACUUUCAUCCUUAAACUCAACACCUCUUACACAUAACUCAUUAUAUUGUUGCAGGGCAAAGCCCUCAGCCAAUCCAUUGGCUGACGGGUUAGGAGUAGGAGGAGGAGCUUCGAUUCCCAUCAGGAGUGUUGUGAGGUUAGUGGCGAGCAGGCUGCUGGGACCGGAUGCAGAACAUCUUCGAGCAGAACUUGGACAUGGCCACGGCUCUGCUUGCGGGUGAGAAGCUGAAGGAGUUGAUCCUGCCAGGUUCCACACAGGAUGAGAAAGGCGGGGUUCUCGCAGGUCUCAUGGUGCAACUCAAACUAGAGUUGCCCUUUGACCGGGUCGUCACCAUAGGGACUGUCAUCAUCCCUAUUCUGCUGGUUACAUUAGUUUUCACACGGAACUUUGCAGAGGAAUCUAUAUAUUGCUACACCCCACACAACUUCACCCGAGACCAGGCCCUGUAUGCCAGAGGUUACUGCUGGACAGAGCUUCGGGAUGCUGUUCCCGGUGUCGACCCCGAUCUUCGGCCCUCCCUGUUCGAGCACAAGUUUCUGCCCUACGCUCUGCUGGCCUUCGCAGGCAUCAUGUACAUACCUGCCCUUGGAUGGGAGUUCCUGGCCUCCACUCGCCUCACCUCCGAGCUCAACUUCCUCCUUCAAGAGAUCGACAACUGCUACCACAGGGCGGCCGAGGGCAGAGCGCCUAAGAUUGAAAAGCAGAUCCAGUCUAAGGGGCCGGGGAUUACGGAGCGUGAGCGACGGGAGAUCAUCGAGAAUGCAGAGAAGGAGAAGAGCCCAGAGCAGAACCUGUUUGAAAAGUAUCUUGAGCGCAGAGGGCAGAGUAACUUUCUGGCGAAGCUGUACCUGGGGCGACAUUUAGCCAUCAUCUGCCUCAGCUCAAUGCCCAUAACUUACCUGAGCACCUACUACGCCCGUCAGCGGCAGAACGAGUUCACUUGCGCGCUUGGCGAGCCGCCGGACACUAGCAGCAUCCCUGAACUGCGACUGAAUGUCAACUGCAAGCUACCAGCCGUGCAGCUCCAGCGCAUUAUGGCCGCGGUGGACAUCUCUUUGCUGUGUACUAUGAACCUCAUUAUCCUUGUGAACUUGCUGCAUUUGUUUGUAGUACGCAAGUCCAAUUUCGUUUUCGACAAGCUGCACAAAGUUGGCAUUAAAACACGUCGGCGCUGGCAGAAGUCACAGUUUUGCGACAUUAACAUUCUGGCUAUGUUCUGUAAUGAGAACAGAGACCACAUUAAGUCUCUCAACAGACUGGACUUUAUUACAAAUGAGAGUGACCUCAUGUAUGAUAAUGUGGUGCGGCAGCUGCUGGCAGCAUUGGCUCAAUCCAAUCACGACGCCACUCCGACUAUGAGAGACUCUGGUAUCCAGACUAUUGACCCCAGUAUGGACCCGUCAGUGCUCGGUGUGGGAGAGCUGGGAGGAGAGCCCUCAGUAAUCAAAAGACCCCGCAAGAAGAUGAAGUGGAUCCCCUCAUCUAAUCCUUUGCCACAGUCUUUUAAAGAACCCUUGACUCUAACCAGACUGGAUAAUAGUAUAAAGGCAGAUAAACCUAAACCAGUCCGAAGGAAGAAUGUACCAGAUAGCAUUAUGGCUCCACUUCUGGACAGCAAGAGCACACAACAUCCUCCUACAAGCAUAACUACAGAAACAUAUAAUAUAGAGAAGAAACACUCUCUUAACCUCACGUUGGAUGUUCAUCCCUACAUGCUAACCAUCCAGAAAGCGAAACCAGAGACAGUCAACCCUGAGCCAGUCACUGUUGAGCACUCUCUCAGUAAUGUGUAUAUCGAGGGUCCACAUGCAGUUGUCCACGUCUCCUCUUCUCUUACUGAGAAGAAAGAGUCUCCUCCACUGUCCACCACCACUACCUUCUCCACAGCCACUCUCUCCACAACAUCAUAUAUGAAUGGUGGAACGACCAGCGUGCCUCCUCCAGACUCCCCAAAGGAUCCUCUCAACCAUGGGGCAGAGCUGGAGAGCCAGUCCGGGCCUUUUAGUCGAAACCCCUCACACCCGCUGCUGAGCAUUCAUCACACCUUGUAUGAAGAGGACGAGGAGGAGCAAAACAGAAGGGAUAGACUAGCCAGACCAGGCGAGUUGAUUGCUGCUGGAGAGUGUUGAAGGAAAUGUAUACACACCUGCACACACACAAACGCACUAGAAUAUGAACUGAAGCACAAAGGAAUAUGCUGUUUUUUGGGGUUUAUGUUAAUGGUUUUGCUAUGGGUGAAUCUCAGAUUAUUUCAUUUUCAGAGAUGAAGAUUAUUGAACACUGGGGCAGGCAGUGUUUUACAUAUUUUAUGCUCUUAAAGGUGCACUUAUUUUUUGCUUAUGUUGAGCUGACUGAUAUGAAAGUGGUUGCAGGAUGGAAUGGAUACAGGAGUUUUCGGUUACUGGUGUCACUGCAGAAAUGCCCUCUUCGCAGUCUGACAUGAUUCAUUUAUUCUGCAAGCAAAAGUAUCCCAUAAUAGGGACAAUAAUAAAUCUGAAGUAAAGUGAAAUAUUGGGCUGGUCAUAUGAUCUUAAUAUGUCAACCACCAUAACGCUCCAUAAUGUCGACAAGUGUUUUUUUUUUAGAGCACUGAUGUAUCUUCAUCUCAUGUGAGUGUAUAUCACUUAUAUUAACAAACACUAGACUUUGUGUAAAAAAAAGUGCACCUUUAAACAUCAUCUCCCAGCCUUACAUCCACAUGCUUGGAAGUGUGUGUAGCUUGAGGGAAAAUAAAAUUACCCAUGAGUCAUGACCUUGUUGCUCACCAUAUGGGUUAAUGAAUUCCCUAUGACGUUCCAAAUGAAGGAAAAGGCACAUCAGAAUUUUGCACAAAACACAUUUUGUUCCUGUUUAACAUCAAUGUCAACAUAGUUUUGUGUUGUUUGUCUGUAUACACAAUCAGUGUCUGUUUCAUAUAGAUAUUCAACGCAAUACAUGUAUUCUUAAAAUAUGCAACCUCAUUUCUUAUUGUUGCAAUAAUAUGCACAUUUGGAAUGUAUAUACUAAGCUGUACAGAAAAAAAAGUUCUUACAUCUAAUAAUAUGAGAUUUUUCCUUAUUAAAAAAAAAGAAAAAGAAAAAAAAAAGACUGUCACAUGACAUUCAUCCACACACCUCUGGUGCCCUUAUUCAAUGAGACUAUAUCACUCUGGGUCUCUGGGCCAAGUGCUCAAAGACAUUCAACUCCGGAUUGCCCGAAGAAAAAUGGAUCCUUAUACCAGCUUUUUUGAACAGACAGAGUUGUGACAAAAAGAUUUCAGCUUCUUCAGCUGGACAUUUUCAAGCUAAGGAGGUUGUGUUAUACCAACUUUGUAAGUCCUGGUUAAAACCUUUGAUAUUCAAUAAUGCACCUUGUAGUGAAUUUAACACACUAUUAUGAUUGCGAGUGAAGCGCACAGUAAUUCACAAUUAAAAUCCAAGAGCAUCUCUAACCACAAGGCAUGAGAUUGAUAUUAGGGAUAGCUGCAGCUCACUGUUUUUCUAGCACAUAUCAUGAUCAAAGUGCAAUAUUUUUUAUGUGAUACAGGGAACACAGAUCAUGAAUGGCCAUACCUUCAGAGGGGAAGGAAACACACCGGAUUUUCCAGGCUUGAAUCUUUAGAUCUGAAUUUAAUUUGAUGGUUUUAUGGGUACUAAUCUCAAACUUAAUAUGUUCAAAUGGGGUUAGACAAGGUAUGUAUAAAAAAAAUCAUGGUCAUGUCACCUUGCUUGUUUGUUCAUUUCUUUUGUCUAUUUUUGUGUCACAAAUUCUUGACAAAUGUUUGAGUUUCAUAUAUGUGUAUUGAACUGCAGCAUUUCAACCAAAUAACCUGCUUAGAGAAAUAGAUUAAUGCUAAAAAGAAAAAAAAAAUUACAUUACCUCAUGGGUUGUACACUGCAUGUUCAAUUGUUAAUUAAACUCAUGUUACAUAAUUUA